AUGUCGGAACCCGAGCUCUUGCCGUACAUGUCUGGUACAAACGAAGAAUUUGACCUUCCCCGUUGGCAUACUCAGACUCUUCACGACGGCCUGUCCUCUUCGGCACAGGCUGCUCAGUCGGCAGCGCAAGCCUCGUAUAUAUACGCGCAGGGCCCCUCUCUGCCGCCGAUGCAAGCUACUGCGCAUCGUCUUGCACCGAUGCACCAACAGUCGCCUACAGGUUCUUCUCGCCAACCCCGUAUCACGCAGCUACUCGAUGAAGACCAACCAUUUGUCAUGAAUUCCCUUCCGUACACCUCAAGCAGUCUUGCACGCAGUGUCUCCCUCGGUGGUGGCGCUAGCGCAGCGCCCACUUCCAGAGGGCGCCGCCAUCAACAGGACGAUCUCGAGGGCGCAUUCCAUGUCGACGAAGAGUCCGUUCAGAGGCAGGCUUCUCAGGCAAUGCAGCAGUCUUCCCACUCGCUGUAUCCCCCCAAUCUUGCAUACCAUCCAGCUCAGUCAUCGGUGGGCAGCGCGGCCAAUAACAGCGCCUCUGCAGCGCCUGCCGCUGAUUCAUACCACGACCCUUAUUUUACCACCGGGCAGCAGCCGAGAAGAUCACAGACACAGCACGAUCAGAACCAGUAUUCAUCCUCGACCCCAAUUUCCUACCCUUACUCGCCAUCGCUGGAGCAGCAGGGAGCGUAUAUGCCCGGGACUUAUCAGGCACACUCGCGCUCCCACUCUCAAAGCAAGGGUGAAGCUAUGACCCCACCCGUCCCGGCCGCAUCGGCAUAUUCAUCGCAGAACGUCUUGCAGACAUCUAAUGUCUACUCGCCUGUGUAUCCGAUGGAGACCACAAGCCCAGCGCCGUCGUCGUCGCAGAAUCUUGCUACGCAGCGCGUUCCGCGGCAAUCUUCCGUGUCGCAGCCUGCUACGCCUUUGUCUUUCGGGCACACUUCCCAGAAGGCUCAGCAGGCACAGGCGCAGUACUUUGCACAGGAGCAUCAGCCUAUGACUGUGGAAGUGCCACCGCCGAAGCGUCGUGCGUCUGGGCUCAGGCGCGUCAGAGAUCACCGAGAUUUGCGGCCAUAUGUGAAUGCCCAACCUGCCGGACGGCGAAUGGAUGCCAGUGGCAUAUUUCUUUCACCGCUCAGACAGCUAACAACGAAUAUAGUCGAGACAUAUCAAAUAUGCAACCCCCAGUUCAGAUACGAAUCGACUCACAAUCCACGGCGGGUUCUUACCAAGCCAAGCAAACCUUCGCACAACGAUGGGUUUGACAAUGACGAUUAUGACUACAUCCUGUACGUCAAUGACUGGCUUGGGACAGAUGAAGGUCAUAAAUACCUCAUUUUGGACAUCUUGGGACAAGGAACAUUCGGGCAGGUGGUGAAAUGCCAAGAUAUGAAAACACACGAGGUAGUGGCGGUGAAGGUGGUGAAAAACAAGCCGGCUUACUUCAACCAGAGUAUGAUGGAGGUGACGAUCCUAGAGCUGUUGAACUCACAAUGCGAUCCACAUGACGAGCACCAUAUAUUGCGGUUGCGGGAUUCAUUCAUUCACAAGAACCACUUGUGUCUUGUGUUUGAGCUGCUGUCUUCUAAUUUGUACGAGCUGAUCAAGCAGAACCAAUUCCAAGGCCUUAGUACCCAGCUGGUGAAAGUCUUCACCGCUCAGUUACUGGACGCGAUGACUGUCUUGAAGGAGGCUCGGUUAAUUCAUUGUGAUAUGAAGCCAGAGAAUAUUCUUCUGAAGUCACUACAAUCACCACAAAUCAAAGUCAUCGACUUUGGUUCUGCGUGUCAUGAACGACAAACGGUCUACACAUACAUCCAAUCUCGAUUCUACCGCUCGCCAGAAGUGCUACUGGGAAUACCAUACACGGCGGCUAUUGACAUGUGGUCAUUAGGCUGCAUAGCGGUCGAGCUCUUUUUGGGAUUACCUCUCUUUCCUGGUACGAGCGAGUACAAUCAGAUCACACGGAUAGUGGACAUGCUGGGGUUACCGCCACAGUACAUGCUUGACAUAGGCAAGCAGACCGGCCAGUUCUUUGACACUUACACGGACGUGUAUGGCCAAAAGAAAUACAAGUUGAAGACCUUAGAGCAGUAUUCUCGCGAACACAACACCCAAGAGCAGCCUGGCAAGCAAUACUUCAAGGCAAGCUCUUUGCGGGAGAUCAUCACCCAGGCUCCGAUGCCAACAUUCAAGUCUUCAAGGCAGGCUCAUGAGGCGGAGAAAGAACUGAACAAUCGAGCAUCCUUCAUCGAUUUCUGUCAAGGACUGCUGAACAUGAACCCUAUCGAGCGAUGGUCACCUCAGCAGGCAAGAAUGCACCCGUUCAUCACGGGAGAGAAGUGGACAAAGCCCUGGACGCCUGCUGGACAGCCUAACAACGCAGUGGCACCGCCGUCAACGAGCGGGCCUGACACUAAGCGACCCUACGGUGGUUUGGUGCCGUCACAACCGAAAGGUACCCGAGCAUAUCAAGAUGCAGCUGCAUACAACCAGCAUCUCGCCCAACAUCAGGCAUACACGGCGCAAGCCCAGGCUGCGUCACAGGCGGCGCAGAAUGUGUACAGGAAUCCAUACAUCACACCACAGACUUCCCAGCAAGGAUCGACGUCGUACUCGGGGUCGCAGGAUGCCGCGACUAGCUACGCCGCACAGCAGCAGUACACAGCCCAGCCUGCCCAAGCGACAGCCCAGAGGGGGCUGACUCAUCAGAGCUCACACGGGCAGCUGAACGUCAACACGAAUGUCGGGCAAUACGCCGGGCAUCCACAAGGAGGCGCGUUCCCUGCCGCGGCGUCGCAUCUCAGCCCCACUGCGCCGUCUAACUCUUACUAUUCUUCUGCCCGGGCACGGUCGAACACCAUCAACAACAUGAUGGAUAACAUUCCCCCAGCUCUGGCGCGGCUGCAACACAUGAAUCAAGACGUGAUAGGCGGGCGCAAGGCAUUGACACCGGUGCUAAAGCGCGACGAUGCCAUCCGGGAAUGGGAGCGGCGGCAAUCGGGCAAGGCUGCUGCAGCACAGCCUUAUCCACAGUUGGAGUUCUUGCAGCAGCAGGCUGAGCUCGCAGCUGCGCAAGGGCUUACCAACUGGGGCCAGACGGGCACAUCGAGGAGUUAUCAUCAUCAGCCCACGUCGAACCUUGCGCAUUCGUAUCAUCCCUCUACAUCCAUGGUUGUUGACGAGGAUCGUCGGGACGCCAUCCUGUCGAACGUCCGCUCCGCCGCGCGCGCAGAGCCACCCGCUAAUAUGUUCAGCUCGAACUCGAACGUGAUCCCGACCCCUCCGCAGGCGUACUCGAGCAAUUCCACCACGUCGGGGAAUCGGUACGCUGCGACCUAUACGCAGCCGCAGCAGACGCCCACCUCUCCUUUCGAUUCCCUCGACCGACGGACGGAUAUCGGUACCCUAUAUGUUCCAAUGCAGCCUGACCAGUAUGGAUCAUACAGCAAUCAGGCGGCGGCGUCGGCCGUUGCUCGCCAAGUUGCACCGCCUGCCCAGGCUGUCCCACCGUCCUUCUAUGGUGCGGGUGUCGUGCCUGCGGGAAUGGCGACCAACCAGCAGCGCAAUCCGUUCUCCACCGCAGACACUUUGCCCACCUCCCAGGGGCAGGUGAGCUCCAAAGAGAGUCGACGGAAGAGUGGAAUGGAUCUGUGGACACAGUAA